AUGAAAUCAUCAUCAAUAUCAGAUAUAUCACAGAGAAAAGAAAAUAGUUCUCAUUCAUUAGCUUUUAUUCAAAGUCAUGAUGGAUCAGAUCAAUCACCAGAUGCGUUGAAUGGAAAUAAGAAAAAGAAAUCUGGAAUGGUUCCAAACUUUCUUAGAAAGAAAUUCAGUGGUUCUGAAUCGAAUCUACACUGUAGUUCGAGUAAUAUCUCUAAUAGUCAGAGUUUUACAUCGACAAACACUAGUUAUCAAUCCAUUCCAAUCAUUACGAAUUCCAGCAGUGCUGGUAGUCUAUCAAAUUGUAUAAAUAAUAACAACAACAAUAACAAUAGCAACAACAAUAACAAUAAUAAUGGAAAUACGAAUCAACAAUUGACAAACUCAACAUCAAAUGGAUCGAUUUCAAAAUUGGUUCAAGAAUCAUCAACCACAUCACUUUCCGUCAAAGUGGCAACACCCGGCAGUAGUGGCAACAAAAAGGGAGGAAGUGGAUCGUCAUCUCGUUCCUCCAAUAGCAAUAGCAAUAGCAAUAGUAUUACCAAUAGUAGUUCAACAAGUGGAGGAGGUUCUUCAUCAUCCAGUUCAUCAUCUUAUUUCUCAUCCAAUCAUAGUAGAUCGUCUUCAGCUUCGUCGCUAAGUGACGACAGUAGCGAUUCACCACUGAGUGAAUCGGCGGAACUCUUUAUCAGUUCAGUUAAUCGAUUGAGUCACUCAAUGAAUAGCAGCAAUGGUAAAUCAUCAAAGGAGCAGUCCACUCACCACCACCACAACCAACAACAAGAAAAAGACAAUCACAAUGGAGUCACACUGAUUUCCAGCAUACCGACCACCGAAUACUCCUGGGAGGUUCCACAGGGACUGACCAUCGAGUCGAUCAAACAACAGGCAUUGUCCGACAUUGAGUAUAUUCUGGUGAUGCUAAGUGAGUGCCAAAAGACACUCGGUGAGAAGACCAAGACUAAUUUUUCGAUGAACGAGAUGGACAUCUUUGACAAAAAGUGUAAAAUCAAACACAAAGUGGCUGUGAUGGCAGAGAUCUUGAAACAAUUUAACUUUGGAAUCGAAUCGACCGAUGUAGAUUCUGAAUUUGACUCUCUCACAGGUGGUGACGAAAUCGAACGAAAGACAUUCUUGUUGGCAAGAAAAACAAUGAAUUUAAAAUUGGAAAUCAAUAAGGCGUCAAGCAUAAAGAGAGUUCAUGUUUUAAAUACAAUAAUACAAUGUAUUUCAAAGUUUUUAAAAACAAAUAUAUGUCCAUCAGAAGUACCAUCAAUUCCAUUGGAAAUGACUAUUACAAUGGGACAAGGUUCUGGUGUUCAGCAAUAUCUUGGAUCUACAAUCUAUAAGAAAGGACAGUUGCAAAAGAAAAAGAAUCGAUCUUUGGGAUCUAAAUUUUCAAACAAAUGGAUAGUUUUAAAACACUCUGAAUUAUUAAUUUAUUCUUCUGAAAAAGAGGAUCAAUUGUUGGGUAGAAAAUCAAUUAGUGAUAUGACAAGUAUUACAAUUACUCCACAGAUAAAAGAAGGUCAUCCAAAUUGUUUUACUUUGAGUUUUGUAGAGACUGACGGUGCUAGCAGUGGUGGCGAUGCCCAGGAGGAUUGGGUAAUUUCAAACAACAUUCGAACCAGUUCCAGUAGUAGUGGAUCUUCAAGAUCAUCAUCGUUGUCGUCAUCAUCGAAAUCCUCAAGGAAUAACUUGGUGUUCAGUGUGGAGAGCAAUGAGAGUUUAAUUCAAUGGGUGUUGGCAAUCGACGGUGUCACACACUCCAAUUUCAAAUCGGUGAUGGACUUGCAAGUGAAAGAGCAGCUGCUAUCAACCUUUAAGAGCGGUUACAAAGGUGGAAUAUUUCGAUUCGGUGACGAGGAGUGGCACUAUCAUGACGAAUGCAGCAACCUUGAUCUCACAAAUGAAAAUGUACCCAAUGUAGAUAUUCAAAGAUCUAUGGUGAAGAGACACAAGAUUUUAACAAAUAGUAAGUACACUACCAGUUAUGAUAUCGAUUACUCUUUGCUUAUUUAA